AUCACUAGAAAAGCCGGAGAGCAGAACGCCACCGCGUCACUUUGAGGGCGGAUAUCGGUCAGUCCACAUCCUCUCCUCCUCCUCUUUCUCCUUCCCUGCAUCUCUUCCACUCGGUCUCCAUCAGUCUUCAUGGUUUUGAUCCCACCCCACGCCAUGCAACCCACCCGGGCGUUCACCACCGUGAGUGUGUUUGCGGACUGCAGCAUCCCGGCCGGGCUCCGGAUAGGACCGGUACCGGGAAUCUUCAAACUAGGAAAGUACGUGUCAGACCGCAAAGAAGUUGGACCCAAGAAGAAGAUCCGCUUGGUGCGCGGGGAGUUUGUGGACGAGGCGGCCUGUCCCGUCCCAGACUGGAUCGGAUUCAUCCGCGCUGCUAGAAAUACUCAGGAGCAAAACUUGGAAGCUGUGUCGGAUUUACCUGGCGGACAGAUUUUCUACCGCGUGCUGAGAGAAAUCCCUGCCGGAGAGGAGCUCAGCGUUUGGUACUCCAACGCUCUGGCCCAGUGGUACGACAUUCCCACCACGGCCACUCCCACGCACGACGAAAAAGGUGAGGAGCGUUACAUCUGCUGGUACUGCUGGAGAAUAUUCAAAUAUCCGAACACACUCAAGGCCCACGUCCACUUCCACUGCGCCCUGAGCAACGGGAGGGGAUUCGUGAACAGAGAACAGGCCAGAGGCACCGAGAGCUUUAGCAGGUCACCCAAGUCCGGGGACAUCCCCAACACCUCCACCUCCCCGAGGAGCGGCCACAGCACUUCAGACUCCGGCCGGCGGACAGUGUCUUCUUCCCCAUUCGCAAACAAAGCAGGGCUGUCAAAGAAAAGCAGCUCCGAGGAGCAGGACAGGGCCCUGGACAUGAGCGUCACCUCAGCCAGAAACCAGGGACAUCUCCUCGGCCUCGGUGCCACGUCGUCCGUGCUGAGCAGCAUGGGCUUCCACCCGGGCGUGCGCUCCGCCUUCAAGCCCACCGGCGUCUCCAAAGUCCCCGGCGCAGAGUCCAGAGAGGACACCAACGGGAAGCUGAGCGGUCUGGGAUUCAACAAACUUAUUGGGAACAUGAAACCAAUUCGCAUGGGCGAGACUCUCAAUGGGGGAAGCACCCAGCCUCCAAAGUGCGUACCUGCAAUAAUGGACUCCGCUUCCCCGGUCUUGCCGUGCGCAAACGCAAUCCGGGGCUUCCCGAUGCUUCCCCACGUGGAGGAGACGUCAGCUUUCAAGCACGUAGAGAGUCGGAUGCACUCCGGGCUGUCCCCGUCACGCUACCCCCAAAUGCCCCCUGGACUCCACUUUGAGAGAUUCCCCCUUCCUCACUUUGACGGCGUUAAAUCCUACGGGGGAGACUGUAACAUCCCACUAAUGCCUUUCACCGUCUACAACGGGGAGCUCCUGUACAGUUCACCCUACUACCCCCUGAAAUUCCACUUCAGCAACCUCCUCAAGUAUCCAGAGUCCAUGUCGUACUUUGGUUCGCCGCCACUGAGCCAAGACCUGGGCUCAAUCACCAACAUCGACCGCGAGAUCGCCAUGCACACGCAGCAGCUGUCUGAAAUCGCCGCGGAGAAGAACCGGACGAGGCUGGACUCGAUGCCGACCGGAAGCGCCAGCAGCGCCGGCUCCGGAAAACCUAAAAAGGGACACCUGUGUCUUUAUUGCGGCAAGCUGUACUCCCGGAAAUACGGUCUGAAAAUCCACAUGAGGACUCACACGGGUUACAAGCCGCUCAAGUGCAAGGUGUGCUUCAGGCCCUUCGGGGACCCGAGCAACCUGAACAAGCACAUCCGCCUGCACGCGGAGGGCAACACGCCGUACAGGUGCGACUUCUGCGGGAAGGUGCUGGUGCGGAGGCGGGACCUGGAGAGGCACGUCAAGUCCAGACACCCCGGACAGACGGUCAAGAAGCUGGACGACAAACCCGGCGGCCUGUUCGAGGACGCGGAGCAGAAAAGCGACAAUGACAGUGACGUGGACGUGUGUUUCACCGACGACCAGAGCGACCAGGAGUCGAGCAAAAAUAAUGACUGAGAUGAAAAAUGAGCCGUUCGAUGUCUUUCGGUUGUGCGCGCGACAAAACAUGCACCGAGUCCUGCGAAGAUCUGGCGCGUUUGAGUUUUAAGGGCGUCUCAACAGACCACCGCAAAAACAAAUCCCACAAGUCCUUCAAACGUGAUAAAAAUUCGUUCUUGAAGUUUUCGAUCGAUUUUUCAUGACCUACACAUAAAAGUUUAUCCAUAGAUGUUAUCUGUGAGGUGCAGUAAAAUGUUCAGUGUCUCGCUCAAGGACACUUCGACAAUAUCCCGCUGCUUUAGUAAAAAACAAAAAACCUGGCCUGUCAUUGUCGUUGCAGACAGUUUCGUUUGUUUUUUUGUUGUUAUAUUUAUUGAUGCCGUUGCAGAAAUCUGUCUCCUUCUGCUGAGAACGAGAAAACGAGAACAAAGGACCAACAUCAGUCAGAGACAUUUUCAGUCGCUUUGAGAAAAGUGAAACUGAUGAUGAAACUAAAUGUCUUCGUUAGUUAGAUGGUUUGUACCGUUGCAAUGUGAAAAUCAAACUAACAAAAGCAACCCCAAACAAACAAAAAACAAAUUACACAAAAUUACAUUUUAUCCCCUGAUGGUGGUUUGGAGACGCAGCAACACGUCCCGUCAAAAAUGAGCACAUGCCAUCAGACCGGAUGUGGAAAAGAAUAUGAUUCUUUUCAAUAGUUCUGUAUUGUGGCUAAAUAUGCGCAUCGUAUUUCCCUCGAUUCGAGAUUCUACACUGUCAGUUGCACUUUAAAAAAAACAGCAGUGACCACUUCAAAAUGCGCAAAAUCAUUAAAUGUAUUAUUUUUUACUGCAGCGCUGUCUUCCUCUUCGCAUCCCGCAUUCAUACUCUGUACUGAGAUUUGCACUUUGCGCUGUUGUCAAAGGAGAAACAGCGGCAGCAGCAGCAGCAGCAGCAGCAGCAGCGCCCGUUUUAUUUAAGGAAUUAUUUCUAAAGAAAGAAAAUGUAUUGACUGCAUUUAGAGCCUAUGUAAAGAAGUGUUGCGUAUGAUAUUUCACAUGUCAGUCGAGAAGUGUUGUAUAUGUUUGUUUAUAAGUGAUAUUGUCUACGAGGACAAUAUUUUACCCUUGUCUCUUAAGUUGUUGGUUUUUGAAUAAAUCUAAUUUAAAAUAUAAAGAAAAUGUUGUUUAGUGUGUUGUGAGGUUCUAUUGGGAGACAUGAUGAAGCUGAUUACUGUCAAAGGCCAUUAUAUCAUUUUAGAGUUAAUUAAUGCACCUGCAGCCUGGAGUGUAGCCUCAAACAGCGUAGCAGUCGAAUGA